AUGAGAGAAACUCAAGUUUCAAGUAAGAGAUCCAGUGGUAAGAUGCAUCCAUUUCCCUCAAAGAAAUUGAGAGGUCAACAAGAACGCUCCACUGCAUCGGUGGGAUAUUCGGGUAAGACAAGAAGUUCUAAGCGUCACAACUCGAAGUCUUCUUCCCCUAUGGUGACUAGUGUGGGAAGCGUAGAUGAUCAAAAGUCGAGAUAUAAAACUUGUAAUAAGUUUCAUUUCGGAGAAUGUCGAAUGAAGAGCGGAGCAUGCUAUAGAUGUGGUUCUCUUGACCACUUCCUUAGAGAUUUCUUGGAACGAGCUAAUAAAGAGGUUGAAUUAGCUCUGAAGCCGAACGCUCUUAUUUCUCGAGUUAAACCUCUGAGACAUCCCAGAAGUGCAAGCGGUAGUCGAAUCGUUGCUAAAGAUGCUACUGCAAAAUUAGAGGCACGAGCCCCGACAAGAACUUAUGCAAUACGCGCUCGAGAGGAAGCCUCUGCUCCCGAAGUUAUCACGGGUAUAUUUUCUAUCUAUAAUACUCGUGUCAUUGCCUUAAUUGAUCCAGGGUCAACCUAUUCGUACAUUUGCAUGAAAUUGGUGUCUAGCAUGAACAUGUCUGUAGAACCUACAGAAUUUGUGAUUAAGGUGUCAAACCCACUAGGCAACAAGUAUAUCGAAUUGAAAUGCUCAGGUGGUGAGAUUCUCCGUAUUGAUUCAAGUGAGUUGGAUACUCCACCGGUCGUAAUUUUUCAAUGA